GCUGACGGUCGUGCCCCCCCAUGGCAGUGGUGUCCAUCGAGGACCCGUUUGACCAGGACGACUGGGAGGCGUGGAAGCACUUCCUGGCCCACGUUGACAUCCAGGUGGUGGGCGACGACCUGACGGUCACCAACCCCAAACGCAUCGCCCACGCGGCCGAGCAGAAGGCCUGCAACUGCCUGCUGCUGAAGGUCAACCAGAUCGGCUCCGUCACCGAGUCCAUCCAGGCGUGUAAGCUGGCUCAGAGCCACGGCUGGGGGGUGAUGGUCAGCCACCGCUCCGGGGAAACCGAGGACACCUUCAUCGCCGACCUGGUUGUGGGGCUGUGCACCGGGCAGGUGGGAGCCGGCCCCAUAGCGCCCCAUAGAUCUGUGUGUGACCCCAUAGCGCCCCAUACGUCUGUGCGACCCCAUAGCGCCCCAUACAUCUGUGUGACCCCAUAG